AGAUUCUUUUCAUCCGAACGUUCUUUUCAAACGAGCAAGAUGCCGGGGCGCCGAAACAAGAACAAAAAUGCGCCGGUUUUUAGCCACGAGUUCAUCAUAACAAAUCAUGGAGACAUCGUUUCCUGUGUCUGCAUGGUCUUUAUGAUCGGUCUGAUGUUUCAGGUAACGUCCAAAGUUGCUGCUGUUUUUAUAGCACCUCAGCAUAAUGUCUCAAGAAAUCUGAACGGAACUGAUGCAGUAGUGACUUCUUAUACUAAUGGGCCCAAAGACUUCUGUACCAUAUUCUUUUAUAGUAUGGCCUGGAUUGUCGUGCAUGCCAUUAUCCAGGAGUACAUCCUUGAUAGAGUCAUUCGUAAGCUUCACUUAUCCAAGACAAAGAAUACCAAGUUUAAUGAUUCAGGAGGGCUCCUUCCUUUCUACUUUGCCUCUGCAGCCUGGGGGCUAGACAUUAUGAUGAAGGAGCACUUCUUCCCUAACAUUUCCAGGCUCUGGGAAGGAUACCCUCAUAAUGAGAUGUCAUUUAUGCUCAAGUUUUAUUUUAUCCUCCAAAUUUCCCACUGGGUGCACUGCUUACCUGAGCUGUACUUUAUGAAGGCAAAAAAGGAUGAGAUAUUCCCCAAGGUCCAGCUCUACAUAGAGUACCUUCUGUUCAUCUGGGCAGCCUACAUGUUGAACUUUACUCAUGUUGCCCUCUGCUGCCUCACCAUCCACUAUGCUGUGGAGUUUGUCUUCCACUUCAUGCGCCUUAUGAAGCUUAGUGGCAAGUACGACAUUGCCAACAACAUCUUCAUCUUGUGGUCACUCCUUUUUGUUCUCGCUCGGCUCGCUAUCAUUGCUUUGACAGUUAUGACUUUCUGGUAUGGCCUUCCUCGACUUGAGAAUGCUGGUCUGAAUGUGGAUCUUGGAAACUUCAACAACCCAAUGAUAAGGAUUACUGCCAUGGCUGGAGUUUUGCUCAUGCAAGCUUGGCUGGCCUGGAACUUCAUUUACUAUCAAAUCCGUCUGUGGCGCGAAAAAGUAGCUUCCUCGUCUUCCAAGAAACGUGAGCCUCGUAAGAAACCCAAAGCUGGCAAGAAAAAGGAAGAGGCAGUUGAAGAGGAAAGCGAAGAGGAAUCCAUGGAUGAGAAAAAUGAAGCAGUCAAGGUUAAGAAGUCCUAGGGUGAAAAUAAAAGAAAUAGGAUGUUUAUGUUAUUCAUGUUGCCUAACACAAUUUAUCAUCACAUAAAAACAAAAGCAAAGCCACAAGAUUAUGUGAUGCUGUGUGAAUGGAAAUAUAUAUAAUAUAGGGGGGACGUACUCCUACUCUAAUAGAGUUGAACUAUUAAAUCAAGCUUUUAUCUGUCUAUUUAACCAUGUUCAAUAAGUCACAUUUCUGUGUGCCUGUCACCUCUUACAAUCUGGUUACUUUUCUUCUAUUAUAAUUCGACCUAAAACCAAAGACAAGCUGCAGACAAUUUAAGAAGUCUGCGUAGGUGUUGUGGAUACAAGGACAUGUCGUCAUACGCUGUUGUAUACCUUCAAUAAUAAAGUGCUUUAAUGUCUGUACUCCAUCGUAUUGGCUAUGAAAUAAAUAUCUGUUUUCAGAGAGGGUUACAAAAUAAAACUUGUGUUGAUGUAUUUCCUUUUUUUUCUACUGGAUAGAAAAGCAGACUAACAGAUUAGGGGAAGAUUUUCCAGGUUUUUUCAGUUCAGCUGUAAGUCUUCCAAGAUAGCAAAUUAUUUAUUAGUUUUAAGUAAGGUACAAGAGUCAUGCCUGUGUCCUGUAUUGUAAUGAUCCCUUAGUUUGAUGUGUAUUAAAAGACAAAUCAUCAAAA